AUGGAUGACCUGGGGGGCUCCUGGUCGUCUCUGCAGGCGGCAGCACCGGCCAACGCGAGCCGGACGGAGGGCGCGGGGCUCGGUCUGUCCGGGCAGGCCCAGCUGGUCCUGGAGAUCCUCAUGGUGCUGAUGUGUUUGGGCGCUGUGACAGGUAAUAUUCUUGUCAUUGUUAUUGUGGCUGCCAACAAGACUUUCCACUCGGUGACGUCAGUGCUGAUCAUGAACCUGGCCAUCAGUGACCUCCUGGUGGGCGUCGGAGUGAUGCCCUUUGUUGCUUUAUCCAUCAUGAACCGUGGAUGGGUGGAUUGCACUGACCUCUGUCUGUACGUGGGUUACACCUCCUCUGUGUACUGUACAGCUUCUGUGCUGACAUUAGCUGCUAUUGCUCUCGACCGCUACCACUCCAUCAUUGACUGCCUGCGUUACAGCGCCCGUUGCACCCUGUGGAGGACCUGUGCUGUGGUCCUGUGGAUCUGGCUGCAGGCUCUGGCCACCAGUUGCCCUCCCCUGCUGGGCUGGAGCUCAGUCAGCUAUGUUGGUCCCAUGUACAGCUGUGCAGUCAACUGGGCCAGCAGUCCCAGCUACACAGCGUUCAUGGCUGCCCUCUCCUACCUCAUACCGGCAGUGGUCAUCCUCUUCUGCUACGUGAACAUCGUCAAGGUGGCCCGCAGCCAUGCCAGAAGGAUUCAUACAUUGGAGGACUCUGUCCAGCGCAGCAGGAAUUCAAGCUCUGCCUUCACUCCUGGUGAUUCAUCUCACCAGCACUAUGAGAGCCUCCAUGGCCCCUCGAGACUGAUAUAUCAUGUAAGUGGACAGUUUGUGUCUGAGGUCAGUAGAGAAGAAGGGAAUUAUAUCAGCCCUGCUCUCCCUGAUUCCACCACAGAGCAGAAUAACUCAUCAUCCAGACGUUUGUUCUCCUUCCUGGCUCACAGUGCCUCCCAGCCACCCAUGCAGAGCUCCCAGCAGCACCACAGCCACCAUGGAGUGGUGCGUCUCUUCCUGGUCAUCUCAGCCUUCUUCCUCUGCUGGACACCUUACAUAGGUGUGGCCCUGGUUCAGGCCACAGAAACUGCAAUCUCAGGCCAAUCCAGCCUCGUCCCACCCUCUGCUGUUACCUUUUCAUACUGGCUGGUGUUGUUGAACUCUGACAUCAAUCCACUACUGUAUGCUCUGCUUAGCAAGCGUUUCCAGGGCGCUCUACAGGGACUGAGGCAGAAAAUAAGAGCGCGCCUGGGGAGUGUGGUGGGCAGGGGAGGGGAGGUCAGAGCAGGGGGAGACGAUGGCAGAAGCAGCGACCCCUACACUCUGACCAUCACUCAUCCUGGUCCGCCUUCCAGCUCUGAGACUUCAACCUGUGAUGAUGCCAAGUGUUCCUCCUCUAUUUUUACUGUUAGCGCUGACUUCAAACACAAUUCAGAGGAUCUAUGCAAAGUGUGUCGCCAUGAAAAUACCUCCCCGUCCUCCUCUGUGUGGCAAGAUGCUGCUGUUGGGGAUAGGAGGGUGGACUGCCUGCAUGUCCCCUCUCGGCCACAAGGGGGCAGCAGACUACCUUUCUCUGCUCUGACCAAGGAGCGCCAGGCCACUUUCUUCUACGGCCAGGUAACAGUGAGAGUAGAGCAUGAUGUUUGUUAA